UGCACAUGAGACAGUUUGUUUUCACUUAUGCACGUGGCUCCGGUAGUCAGUGACAGGUGACUGUAGUAGCUGUGAACUAUGGCAGUUUCAGGAACCACGGCAAGACAUAUAUUUUUGACAGGCACACCAGGGAUCGGCAAGACCACCUUAAUUCACAAGGCCUGUAAAUCUUUAACUGAGGCAGGACUUGCUACUCAAGGCUUCUACACAGAAGAGGUGCGCGUUAAUGGCAAGAGAACUGGUUUUGAUGUAGUUCCGUUACAUGGUACAAGAGGACCCCUUGCCCGAGUCAGUGAGCAGUGUGACACAUUUUCUGGCCGCAGAAGAGAGUACCGAGUGGGCCAGUAUUCUGUGGAUCUGCAGUCAUUUGAACAAACAGCCAUUCCUACCAUCAACACCAGGAAAGUAAGUCAAGGAAAGCAGCCAGUUUUUGUAAUAGAUGAGAUUGGGAAGAUGGAAUUGUUUAGCCAGUCGUUUGUCCAGUCAGUGAGGGGCAUCCUGGAUAAACCCAUGACAACUGUGCUGGCAACCAUACCUGUCUCCAGGGGAAAACCAAUCUCAUUUGUGGAGGAAGUGCGCUAUAGAAAAGAUGCAGUUGUCUACACGAUAACAACAGAAAACAGAGACACCAUCCUCAGUGAAAUUGUGGAAUCCGUGAAGUGUUCAGUGGAGACCUUCAGCACUUGAUGCCAUGUGAUUAGGAGACCUCCAGUGGGAGACGCCAGGUAGUGUGUAGACCUACGGUUCCUGUAUCACACAGUGUGAUCCUGUGAUGUGGAGACCUUCAGGUCUUGAUGCCAUGUGAUUAGGAGACCUCCAGUGGGAGACACCAGGGCCCUGAUUUUCCGAAGCUCUCUUAGCGCUAGGAUAGUCGUAAGUGCCAUACAUUAACAUAAACAUACGACUCUCAUAGUGCUAAGAGAGCUUCGAAAAUCUAGGCCCAGGUAGUGUGGAGACCUACGGUUCCUGUAUCACACAGUGUGAUCCUGUGGUGUUGAGACCUUCAGGUCUUGAUGGCAUGUGAUUAGGACACCUCCAGUUAGAGACACAGGGUAGUGUGGAGACCUACGGUUCCUGUAUCACAUAGUGUGAUCCUGUGAUGUGGAGGUAAUACAAGUUGUGUAAUACAAGCUGUGUCAUACUGUAUUCAAUUUUUUGUGUGUAAAUAUACAUGACGUUUUUGUAAUAAUAAAUAACCUAUUAUUUCUA